AUGUGGUUGCUCCCUUCGGAGCUCAUGGGACACUUUGUCAACCUCACCUCUUUAAGCAAGUACGGUUGCAACCCCACCAUACUUCCCAUUGCCUCCAGCUGCUGCACUGAGGUUUCACAUCAUAUUUCCAGAAGGCUUCUGGAAAGAGUGACUACAUGUAGCAUUCAGAGAGCUGACGGGGAUUGUGACUUGGCUGCUGUCAUCCUUCACGUCAAGCGCAGAAGAAUCUGUGUCAGCCCGCACAAUCACGUUAUUAAGCAGUGGAUGAAAGAACAGUCAGGCAAGAAAGAUGCUGAAGGCAACAUUUGCCGUAAGAAGAAACACCCCAGCAGGAGGAACAGUAAAGGGGCACAUCAGGGGAGGCAUCAAACACAUGGCCAUAAAACUCCUUACUAGAGAGAGUACAGAUGAAGCUACACAGAUGAGUCCUGAGUGAACUUGGCCACGGCUGGCUAUAAAUAUAUCAUGUGAAUGUUCCAACAGGGAACAGGGCGAAGCAAAAUAUAAUUUUGUAAAGGAACAAUUAUACAGAUGCAAAUGGAGCCAAUAAUAUACUCAACUGAAAAAUGAAAUGAAGAGAGAAUACUUAUCUUCACAUAAUAUUUUAAGCACAGCAUACAAAUCGAAUUUCUCCAACCUUUUUAUUAUGAUAUUUUCCAAACCUACAGAGAAGUGGAAAGAAUGGUACCGCGAACAUCUGUAUGCCUUUACCUAGAUUAAUCCUUGGUAAUAUUCUGCCACAUUUGUUUUGUUUUCUCUCUUCUCUCCUUGUACAUGUAUAUAUAAAACAUUAUAUACAUAAAGAUAUAAUUUUUUUGCUGAACCGUUAACCAUUUGAAAAUGUUAUAAACAUCAUGACACUUCAUUCCUAAACUUCUUUUAGUGUUACAACUUGGCAUCCCUCAAGAAUAAAGACAUUCUCUAUAUAAUCGCAUAAUCAGCUUUAUACCUAGCAACAAUUUCAUCAUAUAUAUGAUAUAAUAUAUAUGUUCAGAUUCCACAUUCAAAUUUUUCCAACUAUCUCCAGAGCAUAGAUUUUUUUCCAACCAAUUAAUCAAGGUUCAUAUAUUGCAAUUGUUAUAUUUCUUGUUUUUUGGAAUUUUUGAAUUUUAUUUAUUUUUUUAUAUAGCAGGGUCUCAUUAGUUAUCCAUUUUAUACAUAUUAGUGUAUAUAUAUCAAUCCCAAUCUCCCAAUUCAUUACAGCACCACCCCCCGCCGCUUUCCCCCCUUGGUGUCCAUACGUUUGUUUUCUACAUCUGUGUCUCAAUUUCUGCCCUGCAAACCGGUUCAUCUGUACCAUUUUUCUAGGUUCCACAUAUAUGCGUUAAUAUAUGAUAUUUGUUUUUCUCUUUCUGACUUACUUCACUCUGUAUGACAGUCUUAGAUCCACCCACAUCUCUAUAUAUUUCUUUAGUAUCUUUUCAUCUAAGAAAGUCCCUCUGCUUUUUUUCUUUCUUUCUUCCCAUGGCAUGAACUUUAAAAAAAAAAAAAGAGUAUAGGCCAGAACCUGUUCUACAUUCUGUGUUUGUCUGUUUCCUCAGGCUCAUGUUCAGAGUUAACAUUUUUUGGUAAGAAUGCUUCCUUUGUGAAUUAGUAUAUUUCUUAUUGCACCAUUUAGAGUUCAUGAACAGCGGAGUUCAUUUUCUACAUAGAAAACUUUUAGCUGAAUAUCACCUUAAAACAUGGAGU